UCAGCCCCGGGCCGGCCGGGGCGCCGGGGGACCCGCGCGCGCUCUGCGGAGGCGAAAACCCGGAGCGGCGGAUCGGAGCGCGCCCGCCCGCCGCCAACUGCUCCGCGGUCCGGCCGAGCUGGGCAUGCUCAGUGCGGCCCCGCGCCGCCGUCCGCCGACUCGGAAGCUCGAGCUCCCGGGCCGCGGGGGCGACAUCGCCGGCGGCGGCCAGCCGCGUCGCCCGCCGCCCCCAGACGGAGGCAAACUUCGCGGCGACCCUCCGCCUUUCCAAACCCCCACCCUGGGCUCGCCCACCCGGGGCCGGCAGCUCGCGGGUCCCCUACGAGCCGGUCCCUUCCAUCCCGCCCCGGAUCAUGGAGGCUGCGGCCGCCGGUGUUCUGCCCUCGCCGCCCGCCCCUGCCCACUAGCCGCCGACCAACAGCGCCACCGCCAGCGGGCGAGCGAGCCUGUGUGCAAAGUGCUGCUCCCUGGUGCUCAGAGGCGGCGGCUCCAGCUCCAACUCUUCAUUCAUUCCGCCGGGGAACAUGCGAGAUCAUGGCCGCCUUCGGGCUUUUCAGCUAUGAGCAGAGACCGCUGAAGCGCCCCCGCCUCGGGCCGCCCGACGUCUACCCGCAGGACCCCAAGCAGAAGGAGGAUGAACUCACCGCUGUGAACGUUAAACAAGGCUUCAACAACCAGCCAGCCUUUCCUGGAGAUGAACAUGGCUCAGCCCGGAAUAUUGUAAUUAAUCCGUCCAAGAUUGGAGCUUAUUUUAGCAGCAUACUAGCUGAGAAACUAAAGCUCAACACUUUCCAGGACACCGGAAAGAAGAAACCGCAAGUUAAUGCUAAAGACAAUUAUUGGUUGGUCACCGCUCGGUCCCAGAGUGCAAUUCAUAGCUGGUUCUCUGACUUAGCAGGAAAUAAACCACUUGCGAUUUUGGCAAAAAAGGAGCUGCCUCUGGCCAAGCCAGGUGUUCCUCAGGUUCCCAUCCUCAGUAAAAAAGAAGAUGUGUUUGCAUAUCUAGCUAAAUAUUCCGUGCCAAUGGUCCGAGCGACGUGGCUGAUCAAGAUGACCUGUGCCUAUUACUCUGCGAUUUCUGAAGCUAAAAUCAAGAAACGCCAGGCUCUGGAUCCCAAUUUGGAGUGGACACAGAUCUCCACCAGGUUCCUCCGGGAGCAGCUGGCCAAGAUCUCCGACUUCUACCACAUGACAGCGAGUGCGGGCGAGGGCCCGGUCCCUGUGCCCCCGGACGUGGAGCAGGCCAUGAGGCAGUGGGAGUACAACGAGAAGCUGGCCUUCCACAUGUUCCAGGAAGGGAUGUUGGAGAAGCAUGAGUAUCUGACAUGGAUCCUGGACGUUUUAGAAAAGAUCAGACCCAUGGACGACGACCUUCUGAAACUCCUGUUACCGCUCAUGCUGCAGUAUUCAGACGAGUUUGUGCAGUCAGCCUACCUGUCUCGUCGUCUCGCCUACUUCUGUGCCCGCCGUCUGGCCCUGCUUCUGAGCGACAGCCCCAGCCUCCUUGCCGCCCACUCGCCCCACAUGAUGAUCGGACCCAACAGCUCGGGCGUCGGGGCGCCCAGCCCUGGGCCUCCCGGUCCUGGCAUGAGCCCGGUGCAGCUGGCCUUCUCCGACUUCUUGUCCUGUGCUCAGCAUGGGCCCCUCGUGUAUGGACUCAGUUGUAUGUUACAGACCGUCACUCUCUGUUGCCCAAGUGCCUUGGUGUGGAAUUACUCCACCAACGACAACAAGACCGCAAACCCCGGCUCCCCACUGGACCUGCUGCAGGUGGCCCCCUCCAGCCUGCCCAUGCCGGGUGGGAACACAGCCUUCAACCAGCAGGUCCGGGCAAGGAUUUAUGAGGUAGAACAACAGAUAAAGCAAAGAGGCCGAGCUGUGGAAGUCCGGUGGUCUUUUGACAAGUGCCAAGAGUCAACCGCAGGGGUGACCAUCAGUCGGGUUUUACACACACUGGAAGUCUUGGACCGUCACUGUUUUGACCGAACUGAUUCUAGCAACUCAAUGGAGACGCUUUACCAUAAGAUUUUCUGGACAAACCAAAACAAAGAUAACCAAGAGGUCGCCCCCAACGACGAGGCGGUGGUUACACUCUUGUGUGAAUGGGCAGUGAGCAGUAAGCGCUCCGGGAAGCACAGGGCCAUGGCGGUGGCCAAGCUGCUGGAGAAGAGGCAGGCGGAAAUCGAGGCCGAGAGAUGUGGUGAAUCAGAGGUCUUAGAUGAGAAGGAGUCCAUCUCUUCAGCCUCCCUUGCUGGAUCUAGUUUGCCUGUUUUCCAGAAUGUCCUGCUAAGGUUUCUAGAUACGCAAGCUCCCUCAUUGUCCGACCCCAACAGUGAAUGUGAAAAGGUGGAGUUUGUGAACUUGGUGCUGCUUUUCUGCGAGUUCAUCCGUCACGACGUCUUCUCCCACGAUGCCUACAUGUGCACCCUCAUAUCUCGGGGGGACCUGUCCAUCACUGCCUCUACUCGGCCACGGUCGCCAGCAGGAGAGAAUGCAGAAGAGCACUACCCAAAGGACAACGACGUGAAAAUGGAGGAGCAGGCGCUCAUGGCGCAUAUGGGUGUCGACUCAGCCGCCACGCACAUUUUUGAUGAAGUAGACAAGAGUGACUUUAAAACUGACUUUGGUUCGGAAUUUCCAAUCUUUUCUCCCAUGCCUGGAGAGCCCUGUGAGAAUGCCAACCCUCCCCUGGGCAGAAGGAUGUCAGUCAAUGGGGAGAAGCUGCUGAAGAGAGAAAGAACGCGGGAGUUGAUUUUCCCAUCGAAUUACGACCUCCUGCGCCACCUGCAGUACGCCACGCAUUUUCCUAUCCCCCUGGACGAGUCUUCAAGUCACGAAUGUAACCAGCGCACGAUCCUUCUGUAUGGCGUGGGCAAAGAACGGGACGAGGCCAGGCACCAGCUGAAGAAGAUUACCAAAGAUAUCCUGAAAAUCCUGAACAAGAAGAGCACCACGGACACAGGGGUUGGCGAUGAUGGACACAAAGCCAGGAAGAGCAAGCAGGAAGCAUUCCCAACACUGGAGACUGUGUUUACAAAGCUUCAGCUCCUCUCCUACUUUGAUCAGCACCAGGUGACAUCUCAGAUCUCUAACAACGUGCUGGAGCAGAUCACUAGCUUUGCAUCUGGCACCUCCUACCACCUGCCUCUGGCCCAUCAUGUCCAGCUGAUCUUUGACCUCAUGGAGCCAGCGCUGAACAUCAAUGGGUUGAUCGACUUCGCCAUCCAGCUGCUGAACGAGCUGAGCGUCGUGGAAGCAGAGCUGCUCUUGAAGUCGUCCAGCCUGGCGGGGAGCUACACCACCGGUCUGUGUGUGUGCAUCGUGGCCGUGCUCCGGCGCUACCACAGCUGCCUCAUCCUGAACCCUGAGCAGACAGCCCAGGUGUUUGAAGGGCUGUGUGGUGUGGUCAAGCAUGUUGUGAACCCCUCGGAAUGUUCUUCCCCUGAAAGAUGCAUCCUAGCCUACCUCUAUGACCUCUACGUGUCCUGUAGCCACCUCAGAAGCAAAUUUGGAGACCUCUUCAGUAGUGCCUGUUCAAAAGUAAAGCAAACCAUCUAUAAUAAUGUGAUGCCUGCAAAUUCUAACUUGCGGUGGGACCCAGACUUCAUGAUGGAUUUUAUUGAGAAUCCUUCGGCCCGGAGCGUCAACUACUCAAUGCUGGGCAAGAUCCUCAGCGACAACGCAGCCAAUCGCUACAGCUUUGUCUGCAACACACUCAUGAAUGUCUGCAUGGGCCAUCAGGAUGCUGGGAGGAUUAACGACAUAGCCAAUUUCUCCUCCGAGCUGACAGCCUGCUGCACUGUCCUCAGUUCCGAGUGGCUGGGUGUUCUGAAGGCUCUCUGCUGCUCUUCAAAUCACGUGUGGGGGUUUAAUGAUGUGCUUUGCACUGUCGAUGUGAGUGACCUUUCAUUCCAUGAUUCAUUAGCUACUUUCAUUGCUAUUCUGAUAGCACGACAGUGUCUCUCGCUGGAGGACGUCGUGCAGCACGUGGCUCUGCCCUCUCUCCUAGCCGCAGCUUGUGGAGAUGCAGACGCUGAGCCUGGGGCCAGAAUGACAUGCCGUCUGCUGCUCCAUCUUUUCCGAGCCCCCCAGGCCUGCUUAUUACCUCAAGCAACUGGCAAACCUUUCCCUGGAAUUAGGUCAUCCUGUGAUAGGCACCUCCUAGCCGCUGCUCACAACAGCAUUGAAGUGGGAGCCGUGUUUGCUGUCUUGAAAGCAAUUAUGAUGCUUGGUGAUGCCAAAAUUGGCAGUAACAAUGUCAACUCUCUAAAGAGUGAUGACUUCUCCAUGAGGGGCUUACGGCGUGAUGGGAAUGUGGAAGAUAUCUGGAUUGCUUCACAAAAUUCCAAAUCCUGCAGUAAAGGCAUUUCCAUAGAAACCGCGAAUUUAAGAGAGUAUGCUAGAUACGUGCUGCGGACUAUCUGUCAACAGGAAUGGGUGGGAGAGCACUGCUUAAAGGAGCCCGAAAGAUUGUGCACAGACAAAGAACUCAUACUGGACCCUGUCCUUUCAAACAUGCAAGCCCAGAAGUUACUGCAGCUCAUCUGUUAUCCUCACGGCAUUAAAGAGUGUUCCGAGGGGGACAACCUGCAGAGGCAGCACAUCAAGCGAAUUCUUCAGAAUCUUGAGCAGUGGACCCUGAGGCAGUCCUGGCUGGAACUUCAGCUAAUGAUCAAACAGUGUUUGAAGGACCCUGGAUCUGGCUCAGUCGCCGAGAUGAACAACCUGCUGGACAACAUCGCCAAGGCCACCAUAGAGGUCUUCCAGCAGUCGGCUGACCUGAACAACAACUCCUCGAGUUCGGGCAUGGGCCUCUUCAACCCAAACGGGCUCGGGGGUCCCGACACGGGCACCACACGGCAGAAUGGAAUCAAAACAUUUCUAAGUUCCUCUGAACGCAGAGGCGUGUGGCUGGUGGCCCCCCUCAUUGCCAGGCUGCCGACUUCUGUGCAAGGAAGAGUGCUGAAGGCUGCCGGAGAGGAGUUGGAGAAGGGGCAACACUUAGGGUCUUCUUCCAAAAAGGAAAGAGACAGACAGAAGCAGAAAAGUAUGUCCCUUUUGAGUCAACAGCCUUUCCUCUCCCUGGUCCUUACCUGCCUUAAGGGACAAGAUGAACAGCGGGAAGGCCUCCUGACUUCUCUGCAGAAUCAAGUUAAUCAGAUUUUAUGUAACUGGCGAGAAGAACGCUACCAGGAUGACAUAAAAGCCCGGCAGCUGAUGCACGAAGCCCUGCAGCUCCGCCUGAAUUUGGUGGGAGGAAUGUUUGACACUGUGCAGAGAAGCAGCCAGUGGACCACAGAGUGGGCUCUCCUCCUCCUGCAGAUCAUCACUUCUGGGACGGUGGACAUGCACACCAACAAUGAAUUAUUCACAACAGUUCUUGACAUGCUGGGAGUUUUAAUCAACGGGACACUGGCCUCAGACCUGUCCAGUUCCUCUCCUGGGGGAUCUGAAGAGAACAAACGGGCAUACAUGAACUUGGUCAAAAAAUUGAAAAAAGAGCUGGGAGACAAGCGGUCAGAAAGUAUCGACAAAGUCCAACAGCUUCUACCUUUGCCGAAGCAGACGUGUGAUAUCAUCACUUGUGAACCCAUGGGCUCCUUGAUUGACACAAAGGGAAACAAAAUCGCUGGAUUUGACUCUAUAGACAAAAAACAGGGCCUGCAGGUCUCCACGAAGCAGAAGAUGUCCCCGUGGGACCUGUUUGAGGGCCAGAAGAACCCGGCACCCCUGUCCUGGGCCUGGUUCGGGACGGUCCGCAUGGACCGGAAGGUGGUGAAGUACGAGGAGCAGCACCACCUGCUGCUCUACCACACGCACCCAAUGCCCAAGCCCCGGAGCUACUACCUCGAGCCGCUGCCCCUGCCUCCCGAGGAGGAAGAGGAAGAGCCCACAUCCCCCAUCUCUCAGGAACCAGAGAGGAAGUCCGCCGAGCUGUCAGAUCAGGGAAAAACCGCCACCGACGAAGAGAAGAAAACCAAGGGCAGGAAGCGCAAGACAAAAUCCAGCUCCAGGGUGGACGAAUAUCCACAGAGCAACUUAUACCGAGUGCCUCCUAACUACUCACCCAUCUCCUCCCAGAUGAUGCCCCACCCGCAGUCCACCCUGUGGGGGUACAACCUCAUGGGGCAGCCCCAGCAGCCCAGCUUCUUCCUCCAGAGCCCGUCUCUCACUCCAGGUGGCUCCCGACUGGACCCCUCAGGCUCCUUCGUCCCCACCAACACCAAGCAAGCCCUGUCCAACAUGCUGCAGCGGCGCUCAGGGGCCGUGAUGCAGCCUCCCUCCCUGCACGCCAUCACCUCCCAGCAGCAGCUGAUCCAGAUGAAGCUCUUGCAGCAGCAGCAACAGCAGCAGCAGCAGCGGCUUCUCCGACAAGCCCAAGCUCGACCUUUCCAACAGAGACAGCCAGAUAUUGAGAGGGAAGGGGGAGACAGAGACGAAGAGAGACACUUGAAGACCUGCUUCACCACUUGUGAAGCUUUCUCUCUGCAGGGCCAGCCAGGGGAUCAAGCCGCUCUCUUUGCUGCUCAAGCCCGGCCUUCCCCACAGCUCUCUCAGUACCCAGGGCUGCCGCAGGCACAGGCCAUGCCCCAGGGCUACACCAUGUACGGAACCCAGAUGCCUCUACAGCCAACCCCACAGCAGCAGGCUGCCAGCGUGGUCCUGUCCCCCGGCUAUAACUCCAGGAACUACCCGGCCACGCACUCCAGCGCGGCGUUGAUAGAAAGGCUCAGGCAGAUGCAGCAGCCGCCCAGUGGCUACGUCCAGCAGCAGGCGUCGCCCUACCUGCAGCCCCUGGCAGGCGCUCAGAGAUUGAACCACCAGCCCCUUCAGCAGAGCCCCCUGGUGGGCGGAGGAAUCGAGGCAGUACUGACAUCCGCGCACCCCGGCCUUCCCUCCGUGUCCCUGUCUCAGGACCCCAUGAGGCCCCGACAGCCACAGGUGCGACAGCAGCAGAGGCUUCUCCAGAUGCAGCAGCCCCCACAGCCCCAGCAGCCACCCCAACCCCAACCAUCCUCACAGCCCCAGAGUCAAAACCUUGGUCUUCAGGCAGUGCAGUCCCAGCAGCCUCUGUUUCCCCGGCAAGGUCUGCAGCAGACACAGCAGCAGCAGCAGACGGCCGCCCUGGUGCGGCAGCUCCAGAAGCAGCUCUCCAGUAAUCAGCCACAGCAAGGAGUCACUCCCUACGGCCACCCUUCACACUUCUGAGUCUGGGAGAGGACAGAUGUGGAGUCUUGUGUUUUGCACUGAAAUGGAGAGAAUCCAGUUGAAUGCAUUGAUCUUCCGAACUGUCCCUGGGCUCGUUUUCAUUUCAUUGACGUUUUCCAAUAUCCUAUGUCACAUUUCAUACAAACGUGUUUAAACAAUAAGCAAAGAGGAGGGGUCAUGGUUUGGUUUUGUGGCAUUCGCCUCUAGAGAAGACUGAAAAAACACGGAUGGUGUCUGUCGGCUACUGUAGGAGGAGCUUGAUAGCAGACUUGGUGCUUUUUUGUUUGUUUCUGUUUUGAAUCUCACAGAAGAAAAUGAAUUAUGGUGAAUUUACUAUAUUUAUGUGUUAAUUCAUUAAUGAUGAUUUUUUCCCCCAAACUGUGCCGGACCAAACUACUGAUUUGAAAGGCAUGCCAGAACUUUGGCAGGAAAGCAACCCAUUCAUUCCACACUCAGUGUGGACAGUGAAACAGACACUGACUUGCCUCGCUCUAAUUUGAAACGUUUGUACUUUCAUAAGCACUUUAUAAACUUUGUUCUUAUUUAUGUAGGGUUUUCUCUUUAUUUUUUUUUUUCCUUUGCUUUUUGUUCUGGUCAAAAGGUGCUGAAACAGCUUGUUGCUGAGUCCUUUUUAGAGCAAGAACUUAAACCAAGGCUUCAGUGAGAGUCAUCCUAAGAGGCAAGGAAGCCACUUAGCUGUCGCUGCACCUGUAUUUGUUUUCAGUGGCAAGAUCAUCGAUACACAGUCUUUGUAAAGUUCCAACGUGUAAAUUCUAAAGGCCUAAACGAACCAGGGAGCAAUUGCUCCAACUGCUUAUUGCCAGGCGAUGGCCAAAAAAAAAGUCCAGUUUGGGUUCUCGAACCUCAUGCCAACUUGAGAAUGGGUAUCUCGCAGCCGGCCUGAGAUUCCAGUGUGCGCACUUCCGGUGGUCUCCAGAGAACUGGCUGCAAAGCCCGGAAGGCUCUGGUUUCCAUAAAAGAUGUAUUUGCUGUUUAUUUUGUAUGUGCCACGCUUGUAACGUUGAUAGAAGGUGGACACUAGGCAACUGAUAGUGACAGAAAAAAAAAAGUCCAUUCUUUAAUGAAGAAUUCAGGUACAUUUGCCAUUUGUUAUUAUAGUGGACAGUUUUCUCUUAAUGUUCAUUGUUAUUUGUUGGCAAAAUAAAAGUGCCUUAAGUUAAAAGUUUGUUUUGAGAUCCAUUGAAGAAAUCAGUAUCUGUUCAUAAUGUGUUUAUUUACAAGGGUUGUUUCUUUUCUUUUUGCAUGUCCAUGAUAAAUUGAAUAUUGUAAAUGUAUUCAAGUUCAUUUACACGCCUAUGGCUGCCUUUGAUUAAACUUCUCCCAAAAAACAAAAA